CGCGGAGUCCGCUGAAAUUUUGGUCGCCCCAUGCCCGUUCUAGACGCCAUGGACGAUGCGGCGGCGGCGGCGGUAGAUAGGCACGGCGGCUUCUAGACCGUCUCCGUUUUCUGCGCGUUGGCCGUCGGGGGAAGUACACAAUAAACAAAGCAAGAGCAGAGGUCCAACUGGGCUGCUGCGUCCUCUGCCUCUUCUCCUUCCUGUCGUUCUGCGCUGCCCCGACCCCCGAGUGCCCCUGGUCUUGUCCAACUCUCCCUGCUGACCUCGGAGCGGAGCGGAGCGGAGCAAGCAGCCGCCAGGAGGGAAGGAUCCAUGGCCGGGAGAUCGCGGUACGACAACCCCUUCGAGGAGGGCGGCGCCGACGAGGUCAACCCUUUCGCGGACCAAGCUAAGAGAGGAGGAUCGACUGCUCAGUCCGGCUACUCUGGUGGCGCGUUCUACACGACGCAAUCGCAACGCCCUGCUCCUCCUAGCACACGCCUUUCGCCUCUUCCUCCUGAACCUGCCGACUUCUACAACGACUUCGCUACCCCAGUGGAUAUCCCCAUGGACACAAACAAGGACAUGAAGACAAGGGAGAAGGAGCUUCUGGCCAAGGAGGCCGAGCUGAACAGGCGUGAGAAGGAAAUAAAAAGGCGAGAGGAUGCUGCGGCACGAGCUGGUAUCGUGUUGGAAGAGAAGAACUGGCCCCCGUUUUUCCCCAUCAUUCAUAACGAUAUCGGCAACGAGAUACCUGUCCAUCUGCAAAGAACGCUGUACGUCGCGUUCGCGUCGCUCUUAGGGUUGGUCUUGUGCCUGUUUUGGAACAUAAUCUGCAUUACUGCUGCCUGGGCAAAAGGGUCAGGUCCUAAGAUAUGGUUUCUCGCAAUCAUAUACUUCAUCCUCGGAUGCCCCGGUGCAUACUACCUUUGGUACCGGCCACUAUACCGCGCAAUGAGGAACGAGAGCGCUCUCAAGUUCGGAUGGUUUUUCCUCUUCUACUUGAUUCAUAUCGCCUUCUGCGCGUACGCAGCUGUUUCUCCUUCAAUUCUCUUCGUGGGAAAAUCGUUAACCGGGAUUUUGCCAGCAAUCAGCUUGAUAGGCGACAGCGUCAUUGUUGGGAUCUUCUACUUCAUUGGCUUUGCAUUGUUCUGCCUGGAGGCUUUGCUAAGCGUGUGGGUCAUUCAGCGCGUCUACCUGUACUUCCGAGGGAGCGGGAAAGAAGCGGAGAUGAGGCGUGAAGCAGCACGCGGUGCAGCGAGGGCAGCGUUUUGAUGAAAACCGUAUAUAGAUGAUAUAUAUAGGCACGACUUACAUACUGUUCAUAAUAGUUUGAAGUGCUUUAGGUCAAGAGGCAUGUGUGUACAGUAGGGUUGGCGUCUUGUACAUCUUUAAGGCCGGUUUGGUGAAACAUGGAAAUGGAAUGAAUCCAUAAAGGAGAGAUCCGUUGUUAUUCAAAAUUAAAUAACAAGGAUCUCUUCUCCAUGGGUCCCAUCCAUUUUCCUCUCCACCAAACCAGCCCUGAGUUCCUAUCGCCACGGUGUUUUGAGCCCUCCAGAUUGAUCAAUCGUGGUAC